AUGGCAGGAGAGACUCAGCGCACGUAUGCUGUCAAAAAGCUGGAUGCUGAGUCCAAACUGAAGGAUGAAGGCACUGCACUGGAGCAGUACGGCAGCAGUGAGAAAGCCACAAAAGAGUCUUCAGAGCACUUCUCAGGUGUGGGCGUAGAGGCCCGGACAAUCCGCAGAGGAGCCAAGUUUGUAGACAAGGACAGGGACUAUACUCAGCAGCGCGAGGCUGUGAUCCGACCUCAGCAGGCGGGAAAAAUAGACUUCAAGUCACUGCAGAACCGGCCUAAGUUCUCCAGCAACAGGACAUGGCCCAGUGGUAAAGGCAGCCCCCAGUCCCCCAGUGGGAAGUGCCGGAGCAGAGACAAGGGCAAGCGGUUGGGGAAGCCGGAGCGCGGUAACCCACAGCAGCUGUACAGACUCAGCAUCACCAAUCCACGUUCCAACCCUACUAUCGGCAUUGCCUACCCACAGCAGAAGGUCUCGCCACCCAAAAAGAUGGAGGCCAGCCGAAGCCAAGUUACGGGCAGCUACAGGUUCCACGUGCCCAGUAUACCAGAGCGAGAGGCCGAGCUGCAGCAGGAGGAACUCAACUACAGUCGCUGCUUCCAGGAGACCUCUUCCAACCUCACCUCCCCAAGCUAUACCUCACAGCUACUGGGAACCACAGGUGGGACAUCCACCCACCAACUCCCAGCCCAGCAGCAGCAACCAGGCCCAAUUGAGAACAAUAAUAACUCACAGCCAAGCAGCCAGCUGCUCUUCCCAGACUUUCAGUUGAGUGGCUCCAAUGACUGGCAGUCUCCAGAGAGGACUUUUAACGGUGCUAACUAUGGCAUUUCCUCACAAAAAUCCACUGUUCUCAAGGAGGCGAACAAGGCGAAUGGUAGCUCUGUGUCUUUUCUGUUUCAGUACGGAUACAAGUUGUCAGAGGACUCAAACCCAGACCCUUUUGCCUUUGAUCAGAACCCCCAAUCCCAGGAAUAUAUAGACUCCUCCUCUUUGGCUUCUUCCCAGGUGACUCAUAACUCUUUUUCCUUUCAGCCAUCUGGGGAGGGAAAGGAGGGGGUUCAGAAUAACACUCAAUUCAAUAGUGACCAGCCAGAGGACAGAUCUUUCUACCCCCAUCCUCCACAGCUACCGCAGUACCUGCAAGCUCGACAAGGGGCGGCAUCCUCUAUGGACUGCCCCAGGGGCCUGAGUGAGGACUCGGCUAGUAGUAAGAGCUCUGGCUUCAGCUCCCAGCAGUCGGAGAAGGGUAAGAGUGCCCUGCCAGAGAGCAUGGACACAUUCGGCCAUAGGGAUGCUGCCCUCGCUUCAGGGAGCAAGAGGAGCUGCCCCUCCAAAGACGUUUCUGCUGACAGCCAGAGAACACUUAUUAAAGGCAGUAACCAGCCAGAUCAAAGGCCAAACACAUCCAAAAGCGGUAGGAUGCCAUGGCAGCAGAUAGGCCUCACUUCUGCCAUGCCAAACCAAAACAGGAUUGAGUUGUCUAGGCAACUAAGCAACCAAAAGCUCACUUAUUUGGUCCCACCAAUGGGGCUUAUAAUGGUGUCACCAUAUGAAUCUCCCUCGCCCUCCCCAGUCCAUAACCCAGCCUCUAGCAGCACAUGUUCUUCACUCUCCCCAGCCUCAACGAGCCCUGUCAACCUCUCUGAGGACAGCCAGAUAUCAAAGACUGGGCAUCCCCCUCCAUUCUAUCCCCAGCACCAAGUGAAGGCACAAGGACCUACAGAUAACCUCAGCACUAACUCUCAUAAUUUCCACUCAGACACCUCCCGUAACCUGCCUUACACCCCAGAGAGGGCAAAAGAUGACAUGAUGAGCUACCUGCACGACAACGGACAUCCAAAGCCUAGUAUGGAUGGCAACAAGGGCUAUAUGGAGGGCUUUGGGUUGGAGCAUCACCCACCUCCACCACCAUACUCUGCACAUCAACUGUUAGCUACGUCUUUAGCCACGGCAAACCUUGACCAACUGGACGUGCUUCUCACGUGCAAGCAGUGUGAUCAGAACUUUACUAACCUGGCCGCAUUCCUUGGCCAUAAGCAAUACUGUGGACAGCAUGCAUUUGCUCAAAAGGUGGAUGACACCAGAAGAACACCAGGAAGUUCAACACAGUUUCACAAUGACAUGAUAAAAGCUUCAUCCUCUGGGACCAGUUUAUGUCAAGGUGUCUCCAUGGCAAGGUGUCCAUCUGACCUUCACCUGUCUCUGCUGGGGCUCAAUAAGAACGGAGAACUCAUGUCUGACAGCGAAAUUAAAGGGGAUUCUAAGGACGACCCCAUGAAACUCAACCUGUUCUCUGGGGUAGGUAACCUUCCUGUCUCACUUCCUGACUUGGAGAUAGAGGAUGCAAAGUUAGAUAGCCUAAUCACUGAGGCUCUAAAUGGACUGGGGUAUCAGUCAGACAAUGCAGAGAUUGACAGCAGCUUCAUUGAUGCAUUUGCAGAUGAUGACCUAAGCACUGUCAAAGUAUCGUCGAACAGGCAUACUCUAAAAACCAAAGACUCAAUGGUCUUUGAGAGCAAAAGCAAACAAUCUACUGAAGAUGACAGGAGUUCCCCAACCCAGAGGACUGCAGCAAGGGAGAGUAAAAGGAAAAGGACCGGUGCCGGUACCUGGAGCAAAGAACUCAUCCACAAAAUAGUUCAACAGAAAAACAAGUUAAACAAGCUCCAUGUAAAAGGCACCAAAAACCUCCAGUUCUCGCUGGUGAUGGAGAGACUUACGCCCACAGUGCCAAACCCAAUGUUUGGGGAGUAUGACUAUGUCUCAGACUCAGAUGACGAGUGUGAGCCUGUGAAGAUAGCAAGCAAAGGUCGCCUGAGCCAAAGUGGCCGCUGCAAGUACACCUACACAAAGGAGUGCAAAUGGCGGGCUAGGAGCGACAGGGACAGUGCAGCAUGGAGGCACGAGUCAAAAGAAUGCUUUCAGGUGAAGAAAACUGAAGAAGUCUCCCUAUCUCCAGAGAAACCUGGCUCUAACCAGAGACUUGGGAGGAGAGGCAGCAGGUCAUCCACAAGCAGUGAAGUCAGCACGUCUGUGAGUUUCUCCAGCGACAGCAUCAAUAGCCCCAAAAGCACUGACCACACAGACUCAGACUGGGAGAAAAGAGUGGAGAUCAGGAGGAAAGACUCUUCCGAGCAGAGAACCUAUGAGCGAUCUCCACAAAAGAUAUACAAAAUAAUGGACUACAGGGCGAAUCUCAACAGUUAUGUGUCAGAAGAUGAUCUAGAGAUAAAGAGGAUUGUGACAGAGUUGGAAAAUCAGCUCCAGACAGCCAAGCUGAGUAGUCCGCCACUGCUUACUGAGUCUCCAAAGCAGCUGAAGAUGAGAAAAUUCUGCCCUCUGCGACUGGACCACAAAUCUGAGAAUGAAGACACUGGUCUGGAUAUGGGCUGCCCUGUGCAAAGCAUGUCAAAGAAAGAGCAACUGCAACAGGACGACCACAAAGAUGAAGGCAUGGGUGUUGACAAGAGAACUGCCAUAGAGAAAUCUGAAGAGAUUUUAGAGAGUAAGACCUAUGCAGAAAACCUGACAAAAAGCCUGGAGGUGAUAUCAGAUUCCAUUUUCAAAAACGAUCCCAUCACACCUGAAGUGGAGGAGCCAAACCUCACCUCACCUAAGAGCCCAGAACACUUACUCAAUGAAAGCGAAGCUCCAUCUGCUGAUGCUGCUGAGACCAACGUGGAUGAGGAUGAGCCAGCCAUCAAGCAGAGGCCCAAGGAUGACUGUGAACCUUGUGAUCUAAGUGAUGAUACAGCAUUGAUGUCAGACAAAACAAUGUGUGACAUUGAUCUAAGCGAUGACACGAGCACUGCUCAGUCCAUUGGCGAUAUAAAGGAGGAUUUGGACAUUUGCCCGGUUCCCCUUCAAACUAUUGACUGUUUGGACUUACAUGUUGACUUGCUAAAGAGAGUGGAUCGAGAGGUGCUGCCAGAAGUCCUAGAUGUCAAUGAGGUCCAUAGUGAGCAGAACACCUGUCCUUUGAUAAAGGAGAUCUCAGAUGAUCAGCUCACUCCCAAACCACUGAUCAUCUGUGAGAAUGAGCCAACCCCAUUACCAUCAGACCAAACAGAAUCUCUAACAGUGGAGGAAGGUCAGUGCUCAGCAACCCACAAGCAAGAGGAAGAAACCACACAGAAAAAGACAAAUCUGUGUGAGAUAUGCGCCAUGUUUUUCCGGACGGUGCCAGGAUUAAAGAGACACAAGGCUAUGAAACAUUUGAUCAGGACUGAAAGCAGCCCACAUUUGGAAAAUGCAAAUCAUCAAGGGAGUCUACACAGUUACCAAACAUCCCAGUCUAUAGAAACAGAAUAUAAAGAUGAUCUAGAGCUCCUGGUUCCACAGACCUGUUUGCAAACAGAAAGCGAUGAUGUCUCUGACAAUCACUGCUCUGAGACAAGUAACAGCUCCUUCAUAACCAAACAAGGAGAAACAGAUGUAAUCCUGGAGGACACCACGGGUGAAACAAAUAUGGCAAUGUCAGUUGAUGACAUAGUUCAGCAAAUGCCUCCUCAGUUGACAAAAGCCAAGAAAAGCUACAAACCACAGAAGAACAAAAACAAUGAGGUGAACGAGAAAACAGACAUAGUACAGGCAAUUACUCCUGAAUUCCAAACCCGGCUAAAGCAAGAAUACUGCAAGUCACCUGAGAAACAAGACAUAAUCAAUUCUAGUGUUAAACACAAAGUUACAGAGCAACAGGAAGUCCCAUUUGCUGUAACAAGUAACAGUGGCAUUGAACAGAUACCCAUGUCUCCAAUAAAGGUUACAAAUCUGCUCACCCAAGAUAUGGACUUGAUUCAAAGCAACACUGAUACAGAAGAGGGGAAAGGCACAAAUUUGUCAGAGAUCGUCAAUGGCCUAGCAGAAGUUAGUAUGGAUGUUGAAAGUGAUUAUGGAGUAUCUGUAAGUGAGGAUAUUAGUAGGGAGUAUGAUACAUCUAGAGAGAAUUUGUAUGACACAAAAGAGGCAUGUGAGCAACAGACUUCAGACCAGAGUCUUUCCACAGAGAUACUGGGAGAGGUUGCAGUAAAGAUUGAAUGUGAGAAAAACAGUGGCCCAACAGAUGAGGUGGAGAAUCUCACCUGUUUUAAAUCUUCUCCUGCAAGCCCUCCUGGACUAAUCCCUAAUUUGAAUGCUUUCCUUGAUGAUGAAAGCACAUUCUCACAGUUAUUUCCCUCUAGAAACGUGGAACUGAAAAGGAAAAAGUGUGCAAAGGUUUAUGGCAAGAAGAACAAGAAGCAGAAACUAUCACCCGAUUCAUCAUUAGUUCAAGACCAUCCUGACCUGUAUCUGGAAAAGAAAGAUGACUAUAGAGAAAAUCAGUUGGACCGAACGUUUGUCAACAAUCAAAAUGAACCUUGUAAAUAUGAAACGAUAUCCAUUGAUGAUGCUAUCAUGUUGAACAUGUGUCAUAAUAGCACUUUAAAGUGUGAUUCCAAGAAAGUAUGUAACAUGAAACCAGACACAACAGAUCACAAAGACAUUCAUGAGAAUACUGUGAAGCCUGGCAGUGACUUCCUAUGCCCACCUGAGAGCACUAUCGACAAAGCAUCAUUGGCAUGGAGUGCCUCCAACGACCUUGUUACAGAUGCUGUGAUCUCCUCUGACCCAACAUCCUGUAAAGCAGAAGUCCCAACCCCACAACGUCCUCUUCCUAUCAUAGCCCCUUCUGCACCUUAUCCCGAAGAGCCAUGUGCUACAGAAAACGUGUCUUCUUUCCACAGCAUUGACAUCCCAAACCUCAAUACCACAUUCCAGCUACCCGAAAUUCAAUUAUUUGACUCCAACAAGGACAUCCCAUUAGCUGGACCCAUUGGCACUGAUGAUGCACAGACGAGAGACACUGCAAAGCCCAAGAAGCUCACAGAGCGCAGAGGAAGAAAACGACAAGAGGGCGGCUUAAAGAUCAAGGAAAAACAUUACAAGUGCAAGGUGUGCUUCACCUGGUUCCUAACCCUGGGGGAGCUCAACUUCCACAAGCUAUCCCACAACCCCUCUCCACCUCCCACCUGCUACAUGUGCGUCCAGCGCAAGUUCAGCUCCCGGGAGCAGCUGAGGGACCACCUGAGAGAGAAACACGCCAAGAACAAGGCCGGCAUCUGGACCUGUGGUAUGUGCCUGAAGGAGAUAUCGGACGUGUGGAUGUACAAUGAGCACUUACGGGAACAUGCCACGCAGUUUGCCCGCAAGGGCCAGUCACACAGCGCUAUCCUGGGGAGUCUGCCGGGCUCUGGCAUGCAGGAGUCAGCCGUGAAGAACUUCAUCACUUCCAUCAUGCAACGCCGCCCUAGCAAGGCCAGCAGAGAGUCCAAUAAGGUCUCCAACAAGGAGAAACCAGCCACAGUAGAAACCACUGGGCAGGAGGUGAAAACUACAGAGGUAGCUCAGCCCAAAGUUGGCAAGCCUAAAGGGAACAUUGAAAAAGUGGGGAAAUCUAGCAUGCUGAUGCCAGUUGAGGUUCUGCACAAAACAGAGAUGGCGCCAAAGAAUGUGGAGAUGCACCCCAACUGUAAAGACCCCUCGAGAGACUGCCACCACUGUGGCAAGCAGUUCCCCAAACCCUUCAAGCUUCAGAGACAUCUGGUUGUGCACAACUUAAAUAAAAUUUUCCUGUGCCACAAAUGCCCAGUGACCUAUCAAGAGCCACAGGAACUAAAAGAACAUCUGAAAAGUGAGCAUGAAGAGAUGGAUGAGCUUGACUCAAAGCAUACAACCCUCUACACCUGUGAGCUGUGUGCAGACGUCAUGCAUGUGAUCAAGAAAUCUUUCAUCUGCAGCACCUGCAACUACACCUUCUCUAAGAAAGAGCAGUUUGACCGACACAUGGAAAAGCACUUGUCAGGAGGGAAUAAGAUCUUCAAGUUCAGAGGAGUUCUCAGACCUAUCAAAACAUCUGCCUCCAAAGAGAACGAUGAAUGUGAAUUGCCAGCAAGCAAAAAGAGAAAGAUUCUCACUGACAGUCUACAAGAGAACAGCUCUGACAGUGGCAUCGCCAGCAUAGCCUCACUGCACUUAAAUCGGAGUGCUAAGAUGCCAGUUCUGAAACCCUCUGUACACACAACAGAGGGCUCUACACAGACCAGUGCAGGUGAAUAUCACAAUGAAAAUGAUGCCAGUGUGAAGACUGAGGAAAUGGCUGAGGACUACUCUGACAUGCUGGUAGAGCUGGAGCAUUGUACGUUUCACCUGGGCUCUGAAGGUCUCUCCACUGCUACACCCAAAACAGAGGACAUUGUUCCCAGUCCUUCGUCAAAGCUGCCUGUUAGAGACAUUGGUGAGGCGGAUGGCAAAUCAUUCACAGAUCCAUGUGAUGUGAAGGAAGAGGACAAUCCACUUGAGAGCAUUACACCUGAAGAGAAGAGGGAGUGUUUCGCAGAUGAUAAACAGAGCACUCCGGAGAGCAGCACACAGACUAGCACUGCAGAAGCUGAAGGGAAAAAGAUACUGAGGAGAGAUGCCACAGCAUCGGAUGAGGAGUUGUAUGUUAGCUCAAAGACACCCUAUUCACAUGACCUCCACCAUCCUCCUACAAAGCAUAAGGCAUCUACCAUUGUGAUGUACCAACUGAGGGAGGAUGAGCAAGGGCAACAGUCAACCAGCACUCACAGCCAUGACAACAAGCAAAAGGACAAAGCCUCCACACCCAAGCCCAGUGAAAGCGUUAAUAAACACAGCUCCAACAACAGCCCCAGGGCCAUGGAGUCAACACCAGUCCACCACACCAAGAUCACUUCCCAGUGCUUGGCCUCCAGCGAGGACAAAGACUCUGUGAGAAGAGAACAGAAGAAGAGAAAGGAGAUGAGGUCACCUCACAGUUUACAAAGGGUCUCCUAUCCUGCCACACGGGAGAACCUUGGUGUCGACGUCAAGGCCAGAAAUAAGUUCCGACCUAGCAAGUGCGAGAGUCCGGCGGUUCACAGGAAAUCAGACGGCCCCAGCGACUACCCGGUGCUCUCUUCCGUUAGAGAUGAUGUGGUCAGCAACAAAAUAGUCUCUAAGCACAAAACAUCAGGGAGUUUAGGCCUUCAACCAAAGAGAAGCUUCCUUGAUAACUGCACGACAAAGAAAGCAGAGAUCGUGCAUCAUCUUAAUGGGGAUUACAAACCCAAAAAGGGGACUCUUGGACGGGCUCUUCAUUCCCCAGUUUCUAAAGUGUCAGCGCCUCCUAUGAACAAUUCCUUGAAUAAGUCUAGGCCAAGGACAGGGGUGAGGUCCAUGGAGAGCCACUCCUAUAGGACAGCAGAGUCUCAGAACAACCUUCUGAGCCAGCUGUUUGGCCAAAAGCUCACCAGCUUUAAGAUUCCUUUGAGGAAGGACACUUCAGAACCAAUAAACUGAGUGGGGGGGAUGUAGGGAAAAAAACUAAAAGACUGACAAGACAUUUCAUGACCAUGAAUGAGAUUGCAUGGAUCUCCUCUGUGAAAUGUUUGUCUAAAUACUUAUGUUGUCACUUUAUGUCUUCUUCUCUUGUAAAUGUGUUGUUAUAACACAAAUGUGAGGACUAAUGGCAGAGAUGAUUUUAUGAAUCUAGAAUGGAAAUGCUAGUAGGGCAAAUCAUUGACUAAUCCCUGCUAUUCUUAUGUUGAACAUUAUCUUUUUCAGAGAUUAUAUUUCAUUAGAAAAAUGAAAGAAAAAAAUUAUACUUGAAAAUAAAACCUUACUUUUAAUAAUAUUUCAAAAAUAAUGCAUGAAAGUUUCACAAUCACAAAGUGUUCAUGGAGGAUAUUGUUUUUUUUAAUGCAACAGGACCAAAUUUCAUCCCAACUGAUUUAAACUAUGUCAGUGCACCUUUUGUGUAUGCUUCUCAAAAAAUUACUCCUUUUGUAUUAUUUUUACCUUACUGUACUGCAUUGACAUUCAUUGUAUUAGCCUUUGUAUAAACAUUAACUGGUGCUAUGUUAUUUGUUAUUGUAAUGUGAACGCCAAUGUCCUCUAUCUGAAGGGAACAUGAGAUCUGUAGCCAACUGUUUGUGCUGAUUCUCUGUAGUUUCUUUUAAAAGAAUGGUAAAACGACUGUGUAAAACCUCCUCCAACAAAGUAUUCAUCUGUAGGUCUUUAGGAAAGGAAAUUAGGAAAGCUUCCAUCUGUACGAACUCAGGUGCAUCCAAGGACUAUUCACAGUCCUGAGACCUGUUUUAGGAGCUCCUCCCAUGCACUGAUACUACCACACACAAAACACACACUCAGUCCUCCGUGUCUGUCCUCCAACUGUUUAAUUAUGAAUAUUAUUUACUAGCACAAAAAAGGUGCUUUAUCUUGUUUAUAUGUAUCUUAUUUAGUAUGUUGUUGUAGGUAGAUGAUUUUCUGGUGCAAUGCUCAAUGUUAAAGUUUUAUUUUAAUAAUGUGCAACAGAAUCAAAGUGGGAGAGAAAGAGAGAAAAGAAAUGGAAAUACAAUGCCUCUUGUAUUGUAAAGUGGUUCACUUAGUGCCUCUUUUAAAGUGGUUAUUAAAAAUCUGCAUUGG